AUGGAUCCGACACAAAUCAUGUACACCUUGCUCAUUGCGAUCCCGCUUCUGAUCUACAUCCACAGAAGGUCGAAUCCUGUAACUGUAUUCAAUUCCUGCUGUCGGGUUUUCGGCCCCUUACUACCAUACAUCGGAGCAUACAAUUUCACUCGAAAUGCACGUGAAUUGCUGAAGGAAGGUUACGAGAAGCACAAAGGCUCCGUCUUCAGGCUCCCGAUGAUGGAUCGCUGGGUUGUAAUUUUUUGCGGUGCGAAGAUGAACGAAGAGCUGCGCAAGUUCCCAGACGAUGAGAUGUCCUUCUUGGAUGCUGCGGAAGAAUUGGUGCAGAUGAAGUACACGAUCGCUGGCGAAGUCACCGGCCACCCGAUCCACAUUUCGGUAAUCCGUGGCCCGCUCACGCGCAAUCUCGGUGUUGUCCUUCCAGAUGUCGUGGAUGAAAUUACCGUGGCCAUGGAAAAACUGAUCCCGAUUGAACAUGACGAAUGGGUGACCGUGCCAGGACUUUCCACUAUGAGACAGAUCGUUUGUCGUGCGAGUAAUCGUGUGUUCGUCGGCCUUCCCUUCUGCCGCAAUAGGGAGUACCUGGAUAUAGCGUUAAACUUCACCGCUGACGUUGGAAAGGGACGGGCUAUCAUGAUGGUCACCCCGACGAUCCUUAAGCCUCUGGUCGGUCGUUUGCUGCCUUGGUCACGAAGGGCUGUUCGACAGUUCUCUGCGACGAUGAAGUCUGUCAUAGAGGAGCGCAUCAAACAACUGAACAAGCACGGGAGAGAUUGGGCUGAUAGGCCUAAUAACUUUAUGACGUGGCUGGUGGAGGAAGCAAUGGCCGCUGGCAAGACCGUCGAUCUGGUCGUACAAGCUCUAUUAUCCUCAAACUUCGUUGCGAUACAUACAUCAUCUACAAGCAUAACCCAUGCCUUAUUCCACCUAGCAGCCAAUCCCGAACACAUACACCGUCUUCGAGAAGAAGUUGAAAGCUUCAUUAAGACGGAAGGAUGGACGAAAAUCGCCUUGGGUAAGAUGUGGAAGCUGGAUAGCUUCAUGCGAGAGUCUCAGAGAAUGAACGGAAUCGGAUGCAUCUCUAUUAUCCGCAAAACAUUGAAGGACGUAACACUGUCCGAUGGAACUGUCAUUCCGGCCGGCACAAUUGUCGGAUCAGCUGCAGAAGCUAUGCACUAUGAUGACGAAAGCUAUGACCUGCCUUACGACUUCAAGCCUUAUCGGUUCUCUGACAUACGAGCCGAAGAGAGCGAUCGCAUCAAGCACCACCCAGGGCGGUUCUUUGCUGCGAAUGAGCUCAAGACGGCACUUGCUUAUAUCGUUCUGAAUUACGACGUGAAGUUCGGGGGUGACGGUACUCGACCGAUCAACCGUUGGUUCGGUAGUUCUGUCAUCCCGGAUCCUAUGGCGCAA